AUGCAAGUAAGCCAGGUCAAGGAGGUGUUCGAGGAUUCUAAGACACGUGCGGCACAACCGCUGAGAGGUCAAGCUGCGAAGACAAAGCUGAUGUUCGAUGCGGAAGAAGGCUUCGUACUUGGCCACCGCAAGCGGCCCAGCGAAGGCUCAAGUAUCGGCACGCCUAUAAGAGAAGACGGUUUCGUAUUCGGCCACCGCAAGCGGCCCAGCGGAGGCUCAAAUAUCGGCACGCCUAUAACAGAAGAAGGUUUCGUACUAGGCCACCGCAAACGGGCCAGCGAAGGUUCAAACGUCGGCACGCCUAUCAGAGAAUGA